CUUACUUUGACUCAUCUUGCUUCAUUCUCAUAUAUAAAUAUAUCUCUUGUCCUUUCUCUCUCUUUUUUUUUGUUUGUCUUGGAAAUUAUAUAAUCAUCAAGGAUGGAAGAUAACAAUGCUCUCAAUGGCCCUACACCUUGCACAGCUGGCUGCGGUUUCUAUGGAAGCAAGAUUUACAACCAGAUGUGCUCUAAAUGCUUUAAAGAACAAGAAGCACAAAAUAAGCAAGGUCAAGUAGAAUUGCCUAAUGCCAAAGAGAUGAAUGCUUUGUUGGGAUCAUCGGAAGUUAUUCCAUUGCCAGCUAAAAAGGAAAAGGAAACAGAACCGACUUCUAAACCGGUUGAAGCCAAAGACAAAGACAAAGACAAAGCCAAAGCCAACACCGAUGCCAAAGAAAAAGACAAAGACAAAGACACAGACACAGACAAAGAUACGACCAAAGAUACAGUCAAAGUCAAAGAAGGUGCAGAACAAGAAAAAGAAAAAGAACCCAGUCCGGUCCAGAAGUCAAAGGGACGUUGCUUCAUUUGUCGCCUCAAGAUUCCUCUGGCCAAACAACUGAGUAACAAGUGCCGUUGUGAAUAUGUGUUUUGUGAUUCUCAUCGUUUCCCAGAUAAGCACAACUGUGAAUUUGAUCAUGCCUCAAUGGACAAGGGUAUUCUUGCCAAAAACAACCCAAAGCUCAAUGACAGGCCGCGUGGAGGAAGAUCUUUCCAACGUCUUGAUAGUCUUUAAAAGACAUCAAGUCUAAGAACACGAACAAACAACAAUAAUAACGAUGAUGAAUUACAGCAGAACUCAUCUUACACACACACAUAUAUAUAUAUAUAU